CAUCUGUCCAAUGAAAUGUCAAGAAACGGGCUCGCACUGUGAGGAAGUGAGCGCUAUUGGCAGCGUCGCGGUUUGAGUAAUAAAUAGUUUCUACAGAGUCAUUGAACUUACUGUUUCCCUCGCUGGUGUGUCUUCGACGACACCUUUACAGGGUCAAAGAUGGAUCUUGUGCUGAACGUUGCAGAUUAUUACUUCUUAACUCCAUAUGUAUACCCCUCAUCAUGGCCUGCGGACCAGCCUCUGCGACAGAUCAUCAGCUUGAUGGUGGUCACCAACCUGGGCGCUGCGAUCCUUUAUUUAGGCCUGGGUGCAUUAAGCUACUUUUUCAUUUUUGACCACAAAUUGAAGCAACACCCUCAAUUUUUGGAGAACCAGGUGCAACGAGAAAUAAAGUAUGCAUUGUGGUCUCUGCCCUGGAUCAGCAUACCCACAGUUGCAUUGUUUUUUGCCGAGGUUAGAGGCUACAGCAAACUGUACGACCAUGUCGACGAAUCACCGCUUGGUUGGACAGGACUGAUUUUCAGCAUGGUGUCCUUUCUUUUUUUUACUGACAUGUGCAUUUACUGGAUUCAUAGAUUCCUUCAUCACAAGUUGAUAUAUAAGUAUUUUCACAAACCGCACCACAUUUGGAAGAUACCAUCUCCAUUUGCCAGCCACGCUUUCCACCCUGUGGACGGAUUUCUUCAGGGUCUACCCUACCAUAUCUACCCCUUUUUCUUCCCUUUACACAAGGUGCUGUAUUUAGCCCUGUACGUGUUUGUCAACAUAUGGACCAUCUCCAUCCAUGAUGGGGACUACCGCGUCCCCAGCCUGCUUGAGAAUGUCAUUAAUGGUUCAGCUCACCACACAGACCACCACCUCUUCUUUGACUAUAACUAUGGGCAGUACUUCACCUUGUGGGACCGGCUUGGAAGCUCUUACCGGUACCCUUCCGCGCUGAUGGGAAAGGGGCCGCACGACCACAUCAAGAAAUUAAUGACAGAAGGAAAGCUGAACUCAAAUGGCGUAAAUAGGCACAACAGUAAUAAUAAUGGUGCUCAUGUCAAGAAAGAGUAGGUAGACACUCAAAAACGUGAAUAUGUUUUUAAAGGUAAGAGUUCUACCCUUAAAAUAUGUCUUUACUCAUAAAAGGAUCUAAAAUUCUUCAGAAAUAAUCAGUUAUGCAUAAAAUGUGUUUACUGUUGCCAAAUAGAAACAUGCACUAUGGCUACCCAGUUGGUACUCUUUUGUUUGCGUGUAACUUAAUAUGAAUUACUAAAAUUAGUAUUUACCAGGCUGAUCUGUCAAGUUAAAUCUAUAAUUUUGCUGUCAUAAACAUUCAAAGAAUAUUAAAACACUGACAGGACUAUCCCUUGCCUUUACAUGACCCCGGUUCACCUUGCUUUAAAUUAAAUUAGACUCUAGCUCUGUUUGUCUGAUCAAUGUUCAAUGACCUGUAGCCACAUGUUUAAACGUGAAGGGUUUUACUGAUUUACAGUUAUCUUAUUUGAAAGGGAAGCUGUAAUCUCUGGUACGCUUUUGGUAUGAAAUGCACAUUCUUUCCAAAUAAAAUGGUGUAUAUUUAAUUGGUGUUGCAAUAUUAUAGUUGUUUCAUCUCUCAAAUUCAUUGACAGUGGACUUGUAAUUACUAGCUGCCAAAGCUAUUAAAAUAUACAUUUAUUUAUACUGUAAAUCUGUGUUCAAGUCAGGUUGCAUUAUCCUAUACACAUAUUCUUCAAACUGAUGGACACCUCGGCUGGGGAGAAGAAAGCUGUAUUGCUCAAGUUAUACAAUUGUUGAUAUUGAACUUUGCAGCUUUGAUACAAGAGUUGUAUUGUCCUUUUAUAGCUUAGCAACAGAGUACACCCUCUGGCACACAGUAGAGGGCGCUGUUGAAUCAAACAUUAUUCAGUCAUUUGUGAUGGGAAAUGAAGUUAUGUAGAGGAAAUGUACCUUUUCUGUUCAGUUUCUUUGUAGUUUUCUUGACAAACUAAUGCAGUGGAAAGGGGCAUCUGUAUCAGAAUUCUAAUGAACAUAUUUCUACCUAUUAUGAACAUCCAAGACAUGCAUUGAGGCAAAAAUCAUGCUCAAGUUAAUAGCUAGAAACACAUUUUGCCAAGCUAAUUAGUGUCUGUGGCAACGUUUAUGAUUUGUUACAAAUCAUAAGGUUAUAACAAGUGAUUAACGUAAGAAAAAAGGUGUAAGUAGCUGAAUCAAUUGUUGAUGUUUGCAAAAUGUUACCAACUCCAAUUAAGAUGUGUGAGUGUGUGAUGUCUGAUGUACAUGAGCAGAGUACCUUUUGAUCUUUAUGCUGUGGCUUUUAUAAAAACAGAAAAUUAGAUGGCUUUGUUUUAUCCUUCAUUCUCUUAAUUAAGAAAUAUUGCAGGUUCAAUACAAGUUAAGCUCAAGCGACAGCACAAUGUUGAAUAUUAUACUGAAUGUUGAAUAAUGGGGCCAAUCCAUAAACAUUAAAGUACUCACCGUUAUCAAAGUAUAGCCACAAAUUGUCAACUAUGUGUGUAAACAUGAUUUAGUGUGACACAAUCACUUUCUAACCUUUUUGUUGUACAGUUAGUCAAUUUAACAACUUCGUUCCCAUGACGAUGUAAUGUAAACAAACCCUAAAAUGACUGUACAAAUUACAAUUUAAACAACUUUACAGCUCAAAAAAUAAAUGAACAGAAUAAAUGUAAGUGCUUUUAUAAAAUUAAGCUUCACAUUUUCACCUUUAAACCCUACAAAAAUUGGCCCCAUAUACUUGCAUUGUGAAUGCCUCACUGUAACCUCCAUUUUUGUUUGUUUUUUUAAAGAAAAGUACAGACGAGUCUAAAGAAUUUGUGGUGAUCAACAUUAUACCAGAAAUGCUGUCAACUGAGUUUAAAAAGGUGUUGUAAACGAUUUUGGCCUUUCUAGAAUUUCUACAAACUGAGCCGUUGGAUUAGCCCCAUUUUCCCAAAACCAAAUGAGCUUUAUUUACGCAGAAACGGUUGUCAAAAACAACAGCAGCAAAAAAGCGCCCUCAACUGACAACAUGGCAUAAAAGUGGCGUUAUGCCUCAAUAAUUCGCUGCAUAAACAUUGCAACUACAAUACUAUGAGAAAAAUGAUUGACAGGCAGAAAGCGUCAGAGAUCGCGGCCCGGACACAUUUGUGUUUUCUGUUUACAAAGUCUAGCCAGAGUUGUCACAGAGACCGGUGUGAUAUCUCAGGACACUUAUUUCAUUAAUAUUUUUCAGGGAGUAGUAAAAUGUUUGUAUACCUUUCCAUUGAGAGAAAAAAAAAAAAAAAAAAAAAAAACA